UACAUGGACAUCUCGAGUUAAAACUGUGCUGCCAAAAGAGGUUCUAUUGCCUUUCCUGAGAAAAUCAGAUCUGUGGAUCAAUGGACACUUUGUGUAUCUUUCUCAUUAAUAGGCUGUUUGUGAUUUGGCAGCUUGGUAGCUUUGAGAUGAUCAGCCUCUUCCCUUGGAGGGCUUAGGGGAGACUGGAGCGGGGAAGCUUUUGCGGGCAGCCGCUGCGAUCUGCAGCAUGUUUGCGGAGUGAAGUGUGAUGUGCUGGGUUUUCUCUGACUGCCCAAAGUUGGAGCGGAGCUUAUGUUGUCAACUCAGAUUGGACAUGCACAGCUCUGAAGUCCCUGCAAAAAAGCUGAAGGGAGACAAGGGGGGAAAUGUGCUGACCAGCAGCUGAUGGGCAGAAGCAGCCGAGUGAAGAUGGAGAACACUACAGAAAAUGGACAGAAUCAAACAGAGUUCUUGCCGAUCCGGGAGGUGGCCACCCUUGAAUACCAAGUGGUCACCAUCUUCUUGGUCCUCCUCAUCUGCGGGUUAGGCAUCGUAGGCAACAUCAUGGUGGUGCUCGUGGUACUCAGGACAAAGCAUAUGAGGACCCCUACAAAUUGUUACCUGGUGAGCCUUGCUGUGGCGGACCUCAUGGUGCUUGUGGCUGCCGGGCUUCCCAACAUCACCGAGAGCAUCUAUGGAUCCUGGGUCUAUGGCUACAUUGGGUGUCUCUGCAUCACUUACCUCCAAUACCUCGGCAUCAACGCUUCUUCUUGUUCUAUAACCGCCUUCACCGUUGAGAGGUACAUAGCUAUAUGCCACCCUAUCAAAGCCCAGUUUCUAUGCACAUUCUCAAGAGCCAAAAAGAUAAUUAUUUUUGUCUGGGCUUUCACCUCCAUCUACUGCAUGCUCUGGUUUUUCUUAUUAGAUCUCAACAUGGUAGCCUACAAAGAUGCCACUGUAGUGUCCUGCGGGUACAAAGUGCCCAGGAGCUACUAUUCUCCAAUCUAUAUGAUGGACUUUGGGAUAUUUUAUGUCAUGCCAAUGAUAUUAGCAACUGUCCUCUAUGGGUUGAUUGCCAGGAUAUUGUUCCUAAAUCCCAUCUCGGGUGACCCAAAAGAAAACUCAAAGAUGUGGAAGAAUGAUGUGGCUGCCCCAAACAAGACCAAAACAGCCAACAAGGGUAUCAACAGUGCUGUGGCUUCCAGAAGGCAGGUUACCAAGAUGCUGGCUGUGGUUGUAAUCCUCUUUGCAUUUUUGUGGAUGCCCUACAGGACCCUGGUGGUUAUCAACUCUUUCCUGUCUCACCCUUUCCAAGAAAAUUGGUUCCUGCUGUUCUGCAGGAUCUGCAUUUACCUGAACAGUGCUAUCAACCCUGUGAUUUACAACCUCAUGUCCCAAAAAUUCAGAGCAGCCUUCAAGAAACUUUGCAAAUGCCAGCAGAAGCAGUCGGAGAAGCCCAACAGCUACAGCAUGGCCCUAAACUACAGCGUCAUCAAGGAGACAGACCAUUUCCAUACUGAGCUAGAAGACAUCACCGUCACAGACGCUUAUCCGUCAUCCACCAAAGUGUCUUUUGAUGAUACCUGUGUGUCGUCUGAGGUGCUGUGAUGUUGGAGCCUGAAUCUGCUCUGUCUCUCUUAUUUUAUUUGAUCUUGCAGAGCCACCCAGUUCUGAACCAGCCUGGUUGUUUUCUAGUUAUAUUCGAUGUGACCGAGCUUGGUAUUACAAAUGCUGACCCUGUUUCACACCACAGGGAAGCUGCUUCAUUUCAUUAAACUAUGCUUGUUAUAUGGAAACUA